AUAAACGCUAUGCAAACACACGUUCGUCUAUAACUAAGUCUACUUCACAGUCGAAAACUAUAAGAUGAGUAGAAAAGAUGUUACAGAUCCCAGUGGCAAAGUGGUGAUGCAGGUUGUGGAAUAUAAUGGAGUUUUCUUUUCUGUCAGCUACAUGGGCAACAUAGUGGAACAACUCAAACAGUUAAAAGACAUGAUAUUCAGGGACAGCGAUGUCUGUGUGAUUUCUUACCCCAAAUCUGGUACGCAUUGGUGUUAUGAAGUGGUGUGCAUGUUGAGAAAUAACUCUUCUGAGUACCACGACACGAUGCCCCCUCUUAUCGAAUUGUUUCCCGUGGAGAAACUUCAGCAGGUUUCCGAUGGUGUUUAUGUGUCCCAUUUGACGCCCCAACACAUGCCGAAUAAUUUCAUGGCCAGGAAAUGUAAACUCAUCAAUAUCUACCGGAAUCCAAAGGAUCUUGCUGUAUCAUAUUUCAAUUUCGUGAAGAAAACAAAACCUGGGGAGUUGAUGAAGGAUAUGGAAUUUGACGUCUUCUUCGAUAUGUAUUGGAGAGGACAACUUUGCAGGUGUCCCUGGACAAAAUAUGUAAAAGCAUGGACUAAUUUUGAGGAGGAAAAUCCAUCACACCCUAUCUUAAAUCUCUGCUAUGAAGACAUGAAAAAGGACCUUAAGGCACACGUAAAAAAGAUAGCUGACUUCCUGAAACUAGAAACUAGUGACGAAUUGAUCAGUGAAAUUGCGAAUGCGUGCGAAUUUAAGGCAAUGUCCGACUAUAAGAACAGAAACAUCCCCGCGGUUUUGAGCAUUGUGACUGAUGUAAAAGAUGAACACGUGUUCUAUAGGAAAGGUGAAGCAGGAGAAUGGAAGAAUUGGCUGAAGGUUGCCCAGAGUGAGGCAGUGGAUACAGCGGUGGAGGCCGCAAAAAUUCCUCUAGAAAUCAAGUACACCUAGAGAACGAUGAGGCAUUUCUGAAAGAGAAAAAAAUUGUGGAUUUAGUGCACAUGGAAAAAUAAUACGGAACUAUACAAUUUUCAAACUUCUGUAACAUUACAUGUACAUUGGAAUUUUGUCAAUCUAAUCCAGAAGGAAAGUGGAACACAAAUGUCAUUUAUCAUUUCGUUUGAAAUAUAAUUUUAUUGCUGUACUGACAUAUUUCAAAGUAGCAUUUAAGUCAUGCUGCUGGAAGAUAUACUUCAAAUGUAUCCUUUUGGAGUACAUUGUAAAUUAUAUCAUAACGGAAUCACUUAUUAAUAUAUUAGAAAUAUUUCUAUAGAGAGGCAGGAUCAAUUUGGUGUAUCUGGAAAUGUAUUGAUGAUACAUGUAUAUUUGAAUAAAAAAUAAUAUAUUUUGUUAUAAAAUCCA